GCUGCAUGCAUGAUGCCUUCGAUCCUUCAGCUUAAACCUUGGGCAUCCAUGUUCAUGACGAUUUGAAUGGGCUUAGUGUAACGUUUCCAACCUAGCGAUACGCACCGGCGGGAUAACUCAAAGCCAAACUUCGGAUGAUGAAAUUGUGCGUCUCCGAGACAAAGCUAUCAGUCUGGCUACCCCUCACUAAUGCCACUGCUUUAUUCCAACAUCAAGCGCCUCGCAUAUUGAUUGGAGUUAUUGCUUGUGAAACGGCUUGUGAUGGCUUCAACCAAUACAUCCGACGCGCUUGGCCAAUCUCUGGGGCUUUUACAGUCUCUCCAACAACAUGCGACAUCACCCAUCAUCACAUGGCUAUUGCUACCACUGCUAGGCGUAGCUUUCCUCCGCCAUGUAUUCAGGCCAAAGGCAAACGAGCCUCCGAGCUUGCCGGGCCUCAUUCCCUAUGUCUCAAACACAUAUCAGUACAUCACGGACAACAGCAGAUUCCUCGAACGCGCAACCGAAGCAUUAAAGAAAAGCAGCGUCGUGAAGUUCAAUCUCGGUGCCAACACUGUCUAUCUGGUUGCAGGCUCUCACAAUGUGCAAAAGCUAUUUCGCAACAGCUCGAACAACACGCUCAGCUCGGACAAGUUCAUCGUCAUGGUCAAUGGCCGGGUGCAGGGGAUGACCGACGAGGACGUGGCGGUGAUGUACAACGACAGAUCUGGUCGUCUGAAGACACCAGCCGCGGGCACUGAGAGCAUGCCUGAGAAUCAGAGGUUCUGGGUUGACUUGCAUCACGUCUUCAACGAGCAUCUCUUUCGCGCCGAGGCUACCGCAAGGUUAGCGGAGUCAUUCAUCACCUUCUUCGGCGAGAAACUCGACCAGCAGCCGCGUGAUGAGUGGAAAACCUUGCAACUGUUCAAGUAUCUCAAAAAGGAUAUGGCAGAAGCUGCAACGAUAUCGCUUGCAGGGCGAAAACUGAUUGAGGAUCAUCCGGAAUUCGUCGACAUAUUCUGGGGAUUCGAUACGAUUGCGAUGCAGCUCAUGUACGGCCUUCCAACUUGGAUCAAUCCCCGACCGAAACAGAUUCAGCGCAAGACUUUGUCCAUGAUGUCGGACUUCGUGACGGACGCGUGGGCCAAGUUCGAUUGGAACGGACCGGAUGCUGAUGCGGACUGGGAACCGAUUUUUGGCUCGAGACUCCAACGUGAACAUACGAAAUUUUGGCAGAAGAAGGGAUUCUCUCUUCAGUCGCGUGCUGGGAUGUACAUUGGAAAUAUUACAGGCAUCAACUCAAACUCCGUUCCUCAAACAGCUUGGGCCGUUAUGGAAGUCAUUAAAGACCAGGCGCUUUUCCAAGCAGUCCGUCAUGAAGUUGACGCGGUUACCAUUACGGAUCCCAAGACAGGGAAGCCGACUUUUGACGUGGGAAAGCUUGUCACCCUCCCCUUGCUUCAGUCCAUCUAUGUCGAAACACUGCGAAUGCAUGUGUCCAUCAAUAUCACCCGAGAAGUAAUGGAGCCAAUGGAAUUAGAUGGCUAUCAUCUUAGUAAAGGCUCUCUGAUCCAAGCACCAACGCAGAUUGGCCACCGUGAAGAAUCGGUUUGGGGUGUCGAGGGGCACCCUGCAUCGGAAUUCUGGGCGGAACGUCACAUCAAGCACGUCGAGAAGGAGGAUGAAAAUGGCAAAGUCCACAAAAUCAAGGAAUUUGCCAUGGCUGGAAGACCGAGCGACUUCUUCCCCUACGGUGGUGGUGUGUCCAUGUGUCCGGGGCGUUUCUUUGCCAAGCAGGAGAUCAUGCUGGCCGUCGCCAUGAUUGCGUCUCGUUUUGAUAUUGAAUUUGAAGAUUGGGUCAACUUUGAUGGGUCGCAUUCCGAGAGACCGCCUGAAAAUGACAAGGCGUAUGUUGGGGCGGGAGCUGUACCGCCGGACAGAGAUAUGCGGAUACGGUGGAAGAGACGUUAGUAACUGUUUUCGGUGUUCGAUUGAAUCCAAACCUCUAUUUCAAUGACCAAAUGCGAGAGAAUUUCAAUGGAAAUCAAUGAAACUUUUACGGAAAGAAUUCCACAAUUCAACUAAUCGAGGGCGAUGGUGGAGUAAGAGUUGAGUUCAUGAAGUGUCACGGGGACCACCGCAUUUUUGGAACACAUCGAGGAAGUCAAAAUUGAUGUAAUAGUGCCAUUAAGGUCAUGAUCAUUAUGAGU